AUAUAUAUAUAUAUAGCUUUUACAAAUUCAAGACUCAUGAGUGCCAUGUAUUUCUUCAAAGAUUAUUGCCUACUUCUCUAAGAGGUAUGGUGCCAAACUCAACAUGGGAUGCAAUUACAGAGUUGUGUACAUUCUUUCGUGUAAUAUGUUCAAGGGUGUUACGCGUAGAUGACUUACAACGCUUGCAAACUACUAUUGUUGAAACCAUUUGCAAGUUGGAAAAAAUAUUUCCACCUGGAUUCUUUGAUUCAAUGGAGCAUCUUGUUAUCCACUUAGCUCGAGAAGCUAUGCUUGGUGGUCCGGUUCAAUAUAGGUGGAUGUAUCUUUCUGAAAGGAAAUUGGGAUCAAUGAAAAGAAAGAUAAAAAACCAUGCGAAGGUUGAGGGGUCCAUUGUUGAGGCUUACAUGAUUGGAGAAAUAUCGACUUUUUGCUCACAAUACUUUUUGCCUACAAUUGAAACCCAGUUGAAUCGUGAGUCACGUAAUUUUGCCCCAGACAUUCCUAUUUAUACCAUGGUCGACUCUCGAUUAAGCAUUAUCAAAGUUCCAUCUCGAAGAUUAUUCGAAAAAAGUGGUCAACGGAGGCCUUUGACAGAUGAUGAGAUGCGUAUUGCUCAUAAUUACAUCUUGAUCAAUUGUGUUGAGGUUCUACCUUUUUUAAGGUUGUUUGAAAAUUAUGUGAUCCAAAGCCAACCUGAUAUAGAUGAUGGAGCAUUUGAAAGGUUUAGGGAACAACAUUUUGCUAAGUGGUUUAAAGAUCAUGUUUUUCAACAAUCAAAUGAUAUCAAUCAACAUCUGAAAUGCGUUGCACGAGGACCAUUACGACAUGUUAGGUCCUAUAAAGGAUACUUUUUCAAUGGUUACAAGUUUCAUACUGAAAAAUAUGGUGAUGGACUGGUCACACACAAUAGUGGUGUAUGUGUAAGAGGUACUUGUUACAAUGAGACUGAGUGUGACUAUUAUGGGUUGUUGGAUGAGGUCUUGGAAGUAGAAUAUCAAGGCAUAGGGCGUUGUGUCGUAGUAUUGUUCAAGUGUACAUGGUUUAACCCUACUGAAGGGGUACGUGUGGAUCAAAAGCAUAAUUUGGUUGAUAUUAAAUACAAAUCAAGGCUAAGAAAUGAAGAUCCGUUUAUCCUAGCGUCACAAGCAGAACAAGUGUAUUAUUUACCAUAUCCUGCAAUGAAGGAUUUGAAAGAUUGGUGGGCUGUCGUCAAGACGAAACCAAGGGGUGUAUAUGAUCUACGACAAUGUGUUACUGAAGAAGAUGACGAUGAGGAUGAAGAGGACCAAUUCUUUCAAGAAAGUGAAGCAACUUUACCUUUUACAAGUAGCGGUGCAAAUGAGGUGGCAGGACCCCUUUCUCAUGUAAUUGAAGUAGAAAUAGAAGAAGUUAAUGACAAUGACAUUGAGAGAGAAGAGGAUGAAGAAGUUGAUGAUAACUUGGAUGAUUUAUCCGAAUAUGAUAUUGAAGAUGAAAACACAUGUGAUGAUAAUUCUGAUGAUGAAUUUACGGAUCAGAUUUCAGUGAUCAGAGCCAUCACAUGUAUACUGAAGACGAUGUUUGACGGCCUAUGGACCUCAUGGAAGAUGGUUGACAAAGAACAUCUUGAUGAAAUGUGGGAACACUUCAAGACUGAUGUUCUUGCUCGCAAGGUAUGGGAAGACUGUAUGAAGAAACGAUUUCCUGAUGUAAUGCGAAGAGCACGUGAAGCAUCUUUAAAACUUGCCAAAGCUGCAAAUGUGAAUGCCUUACUAGAAGGUGAUUUAAAUUUGCUAAAGGACUAUCGCCCAAAUUGGAUAAAAAAGGAGUAUUGGGAAAAAAUGAUCAAUGAAGUGUGGACCACAUCCAAAUGGAAACGUUUAUCACAAUCAGGGAAAAACAAACUAAAUAAAUUAGAAGAUAGCUCUGUUUCCAAACAUACCGGGGGUUCUAUAUCUAUUCGUCAACAUAAGAAAAGAAUGCAAGCAAUGCUUAAACUCCCUCCUACAGGAGUUGAACUUUAUGCAAGGUUGCACACUAAAGGGUCUACUCAAGAGUACAUUACACCAAAGGCAGCUAAAGUUAAGGAGGCUUAUGAAAGUGCUAUGGUGGCUAAGUUUGGUGAUGAUACUAGUUGCCACCCCCUCUUGGAUAAUGAAACAUGGUGUGAUGUUUCCGGAGGAGUCAAGAAAGGAAGAAUAUAUGGAUUCGGAUAUGUGUCUGAUCCAGCGAGCUUUUUGGAAGGAACAUCUAGUACAAUAACAUCCCAAGAGGUUGUCUAUGAACGUGUACGAAAUGAGAUGCGUGGCGAAAUGGAUGCUAAAGCUGCAGAAAUGGAAGCUAAACAUCAACAAAUGCGUGAGGAAAUGGAUGCCAAAGUUGCAGCAAUAGAUGCCAAACAACAACAAAUUGAUGCAAAAUAUGAAGCAAUGGAGAAGAUGUAUGCAGCCUUGCAAAAUAUGACGGGAAAUUGAAAAGUAGAGGUAAUAUGAUGUUAACCAUUAGUAUUUGAUGGUUUUGAAUGACUUGUUAACCUUUUGUAUUUGAUGUUUUUCAUUGUUUUGAAUAAUGUUUUAUAGGAAUGACAACCGAAGGUUAAACUUUUUUCUGUUUGUACCUCUUUUGCAUACUUUGGAUUUCUUGGUGCUAAAAUGUUAAUUUAAAGUUAAACCAUUGGGAGUUUGAUGUUAUGUGGGUAGUUUCGUUUUUGGAUGUUUCUUGAAUGACACUUUGGUAAACUUUGAUAGUUUUGGUAUUGUAAUGCUUGGUUGUAUCAUUAUUUGAUGUUCUUUAGUAUAAUAAUUUGAUGAUUGUAG